AUGAAACCGGCCAUGCUUCUGGCCUUGUUGGCCCCGGCGGCAGCCCUCGCCGAAUCACAACAACAACCCGCGACAGCGUCCGCCGUUUCCUCUGAUUUCGCGCACAACUCGCCCACCGUCUCAUUAGCGGAAAUGGGUGUGCGCGAUCGGGAUCGUUUUGUUCCGGUUGCCGGUCUGGAUUCGGUGUUGGUUGAUGAGGCGGGAAAGUUGGCUGCCAGACAUGUGCUUCAGGCGCGCAGUGAGGGUUCUCUGGGUCAGACGCCGUGGAUUGGCAUGGCUAUUGGCUUGACUUUCACUGCUUUGGCGGCUGUUAUGUUGGGGUGA